ACGGACGAUGUCGAAACCACAAUAACAAUGUUGAUUCGUGUAUGUUUUUUAUUGUGGACGCAUGACGUUGAAUGAUGAUACAUUUAUCGAAAAAUAUUUUUUUAAGUAUUAAACUAUCAAAACCCCACAUUGGUUGACAUUGGCUAUGUUUUGCGAGGUUUGUCAUUUUCGUUGGAUUUUGACUAGCGCUAUCCAAUUGCUGUUUACUUCCGCUAUUUCCGGGUUGCGUCCAUGGUCGUUGUAACGUGUGAAACCACGCGGUUACUCCAUUUAGGCGUUUAAAUCGGGUCACUGUUCAUUUAUAACAUAAUUUAGCACGUAUUGAAAUGAGCACCCAAAAGGAAACGUUUCCCGGUCGCGAGGACAAAAACACAAGAACGCGACUGCUUUUAGAAACGAUAAGUAUGGUGCAAGCGUUCAAGUUAAGAAAAGGUGUCCGAUCCCGCUUCUGGAGGGUCACGUUCCUGCUAAAUUUGGGAUCAACACUAAUCAAAAUACCUGAAACAGCUUAUGAUAGUUUUGAAAAUUGAUUGAAAACAGCAAGCAGAAAGCCAAAGCAAAGGUUCAUGAUGGUCUCUGCCAGCAUUGCAAAGAUGUCAUGGAGUGGAAAGUCAAAUACAACAAAUACAAGCCCCUUUCACAGCCACGAAAAUGCGUAAAGUGUCUUCAGAAAACUGUAAAGGAUGCCUAUUAUAUCAUAUGUAAGCCAUGUGCAAUUAAGUUGGAGCUUUGUGCCAAAUGUGGGAAGAAGGAAGAGAUUGUCAUUCCACUUGACCAGAAGCUGGAAGAAGUAGAGGAGGACGGCAGUAGGCAAAAUAAAGGAAAGGGGCAGGAAAAAACGGAAGAUGAUGAUGAUGAUGAUGAUGUUGAUGAUGAAGAUUUUGACGAUGUUGGCUGUGGCAAUAGUGACUGUAGUAGUGAUACAGAGGCACAAGGAAAGUAAAGCUUCUGUAUGCAAUUAGAGCUGAGCCCAAAAACACUGUUUCUGAUUAAACCGGAGGCUGGUGCUUGGACGUGUACUCGCCUGUUCACCUACUGUUAAUUAGGUAGAGCCCCUGGAGAGAUUGUGUCUGUAGGUGUUACUGUUUUUUUUUUUUUUUAAACGCAUCUGUUAUCACGUGUUGUUGCAGAAACUGGAACAAUCAUCACAUGCCGCAAUAAGUCUUAGUUGUGAAAUCAGCUGAUCUUGUCAGCACAAGCAUUUGGCAUUUAUAUGAACUGUGGUUAUAAAGGAUUGCCUGGCUGUGUUAAUGAGGUGUCUGUUAUACGAGUCUGCUGCUCCUUUGCUUUUGAAAGUAUGGCAAUAUGAGAAAUAUAAAGCACAGCAAUGCUUUUGCAAUGAGUCCUUUUAAUAAACCUAAACCAUUUAAAAAAAGAUGAAUUAUGCUAAACAAAGUCUAAUUACUAGUUUGUUUAUUAAAAAACUCCAUUUGCAUAA